GCCGAACACAACUCAAAAAUCAAAAUUAGCUAAAGGCCACUGUGAAGAAGAAUUUUGGAAAAGGAACGAAGAAGAAGAGAACCUCAAAUUACGCAAAGCUGCGAUUCUCUUCUUCUUGCUGUUGCUACUAACUAUACAGUAAUGGGGGCCGGACGUGAGGUGUCGAUAUCGCUGGACGGAGUGAGAGAUAAGAACGUGAUGCAGCUUCGGAAACUCAAUACUGCACUCUUCCCCGUUCGCUACAACGAUAAGUAUUACACUGAUGCUCUCUCUUCCGGCGAUUUUACUAAGCUAGCUUAUUAUAGUGACAUCUGUGUUGGGGCAAUUGCGUGCCGGUUAGAGAAGAAGGAUGCUGGAGCUUUUCGUAUUUAUAUCAUGACAUUAGGUGUUCUAGCGCCUUACCGGGGACUAGGCAUUGGUACAAGGCUGUUGAAUCAUGUUGUUGAUCUAUCCACCAAGCAAAAUAUAUCUGAGAUUUACUUACAUGUGCAGACAAACAAUGAAGACGCCAUCAACUUCUACAAGAAAUUUGGAUUUGAAAUCACAGACACCAUCAAGAACUACUAUAUAAACAUCAAUCCGCCUGAUUGCUACAUUCUUACCAAAUUCAUUAAUCCUCAAACAAAGAAUUGAUGUUGAAAGCUGGCCAUCCGUGAUUUUUGAUAUUAUUUCGGAAACUUUAGAUUUAGUAUGCUUGUGUCAGGGUCUGAUUGUUGAAAUGAGUUACAAUAGUUGAUGUGAUGCAAGAAUGGUGAUCGAAUGACUUUUGCCGUUACCAUUAUUGUUUAUUCUUGGUAGUUUACCAACAUUUUGAUUUUUGUAUUCUAUUGAGAUUUGAAGAAAAUUACUGCAGUUAAGAUGUUCAUUGUAAA